AUGAGUGGACGUAUGUCAAACGCUAUCCAACACAUGCGAAAGCGCGUCAAUCUACAGCACUUGGCGACAAGUCUAUCGCUUCAUCGUCUAAGAUAGUUUGGGAGAAGCAUGAGGGCUCAAUGGCUGGUCACGAGCUAACUUCCUCCUUUUGACAGUCCGAUUUCUCGACCUCGUGAAGCCCUUCACGCCUCUCAUCCCCGAAGUACAGGUCCCUGAGACGAAAGUGCCCUUUCAGCAAAGGAUAAUAUGGACAAGUGUCACCCUGGUGAUUUUCCUGGUCAUGAGCCAGAUGCCGCUUUACGGCAUUGUGUCAUCAGGUGAGCGCUGCAGAAUGGCUUGGGAAAGAUAGAGCUUGGGUUAUUGACGCAGGAUUAGACACCUCGGAUCCGCUGUACUGGCUGCGUAUGAUGAUGGCUAGUAAUCGAGGAACACUGAUGGAACUGGGUAUCACGCCCAUCAUUUCGUCUGGAAUGGUCUUCCAGCUCCUUGCCGGCACCCAUUUGAUUGAUGUCAACCUUGACCUCAAGUCCGACCGUGAGCUCUACCAGACUGCGCAGAAGCUCCUUGCCAUCAUUCUCUCCUUUGGUCAGGCCUGCGUUUACGUGCUUACUGGACUCUACGGCCCACCAGCUGACCUCGGCGCCGGAAUCUGCGUGCUGCUCGUUGUUCAGCUUCUCACCGCGGCGCUGAUUGUCAUCCUCCUCGAUGAGCUCCUUCAGAAAGGCUACGGUCUUGGCUCUGGUAUCUCGCUCUUCAUUGCAACCAACAUCUGCGAGUCCAUUGUCUGGAGAGCCUUCUCUCCCACCACUGUCAACACUGGCCGUGGCCCGGAGUUUGAGGGUGCCAUCAUUGCUCUGUUCCACCUGCUCAUUACCUGGCCAAACAAGCAGCUUGCUCUGAAGGAGGCUUUCUACCGCGAGAACCUGCCAAAUGUCAUGAACCUGAUCUCCACAAUCAUUGUGUUCAGCGUGGUCAUCUACCUUCAAGGUACGUGCCCUUAUACAGGAGAAUUACUGCUGGUCGCUAACAUGCCAUAGGCUUCCGCGUUGAAAUUCCGGUCAAGUCUUCCCGACAGCGUGGUAUGCGUGGCUCCUACCCCGUCCGCCUCUUCUACACCUCGAACAUGCCGAUCAUGCUUCAAUCCGCUCUCUCCUCCAACGUCUUCCUAGUUUCGCAAAUGCUCUACAACAAGCUACCAGAUAACCUUUUGGUUAAGAUGAUUGGCGUUUGGGAGGCUCGUGAGGGCACAGCCCAAGUUCUCCCGGCUAGUGGUCUGGUCUACUACAUGAGCCCACCUCUCAACAUCAAGGACGCCCUCAUGGACCCGAUUCACACCGCCGUUUUCACCGUCUAUAUGCUUGUUGCUUGCGCAGCGUUCAGCAAGACUUGGAUUGAGGUGUCCGGAUCUAGCCCACGCGACGUUGCUAAGCAACUGAAGGAGCAAGGACUGGUCAUGGCUGGACAUCGUGAUGAAAGUAUGUACAAGGAGCUCAAGCGAGUCAUCCCAACCGCUGCUGCUUUCGGAGGAGCCUGCAUCGGUGCGCUCUCGAUCACCAGCGAUCUUAUGGGUGCUCUUGGAAGUGGUACUGGAAUCUUGAUGGCCGUCACGUAAGUCAUACACACUCUGCAUCAGCCGAUGCCUAGCUGACCAAAUCACAGUAUCAUCUACUCGUACUUUGAAAUCGCCGCAAAGGAGGGCGACAUGGCAGGACUCAAGGGGAUGGUCAUGGGCUAA